AGGGAAGUGACUCUCAGAGAAAAUAAAAAGUUGAUGCGAAAACGAAACUAGGAUUUUGACUAAUAAUAUAUAUCCAUGGAUUGGGAUGAAGUUUCACUUCAAGCAUGAGACUGAAACUGCUACAGGACCAGAGCUGCCCAGUGUACCAUUAGAAAAGUCAGUCCUGAUUUGUGUUCGAGGAAACUUUCUUACAAUAUCGUGUAGUUUCUGUGAUAGUUUUGUUAACGAUAAUUCCACUAAGAGGCUGCACAACUCUGCUGAAGUUCGAGUUUGCACAGCGCUGAACCGGAGCUCCAUCAUGGUCCAUACACGGGAGGAACUGGAUCAGCUGGCAGCUGAAUAUACCUCAGACACCCUGAGCUGUAUUCAUACAGUGCAGGAUUUCUGUGACAGACAUUCAAAAUGGCUCCUCCAGAGAGAGACAGAGCUGGAGAUGAUGCGAGACAUCAUAGUCAGAGCGGAGAAGAUCAACCUCAAAAUUGACCACUUAAAAAAAUCAGAGAAUAAGCUGAAGGCCUUUGGGGAGUUUUUGUGGAGCAAGCUUUCCCAGGUUACCGCAGAGAGCAGGGCACAGGAGCUGGAGAAGGAGCUGGGAUGCCUGCUCCAAGACACCUUGAAGGGGCUUGAGAAGCUGACCCUCUUCCUGGAGGCCGUGGAGAAACUGGCGGUCACUUCGCUGUCUUUCUUCAGGGAGGAGAAUCCGCUGUGUCGGCUCCCCACGGGCACGAGUGCUGCCGCCGUUCGGUCUGUCAUCGCCUCCGCCAGGCGGGCGUGUCCUCUUCUGAUCCAUUUCCAGAGAGAUGCUGGAGACUUCUUCCUGCCGAGCCUGGUCAACGCAGAAUCACUGGCUUUCCAGCUGGACAAGUACAUGAGGGUUUCCCAGGAGCUGUGCGAGAAGCUCCAGAAAAGAAAAGAAAAGCAAGCCUGUAAGAAUGAUCCAUGCUCCAAUUUGACCAAUGAAGCCAUUCAGACCAUGUUUGACCAUUUGACUCACCUGACCAAUAUCAGAUUGGACAGGCACUUCAGGAUGGCCUACCUGUUCAAGGGAGCUGCCCUCCGAUUUGUUGGCCUGCUCAGCCAACGCAGCUCCAGGAUGCGCCAGUUCCUGGAGGCUCUGGAGGAAGCAGCCGUUCAGCUGGACAGGAUGAAGAUGGGGGCCAGCAUCUCCAGUGUGGCGGGAAGCUCUGUGGGCUUUGUGGGGGGCGUCGUGUCCAUUGUGGGCCUGGCCCUGGCCCCGGUGACAGCGGGGGCAUCUGUGAUCCUCACGCUGGUCGGCGUGGGGCUGGGCGUCACCAGUGGCGUGAACAGCUUAGCUACGGGUAUCACCGAGCUGUCAGUCAACUCUUAUCACGGGAAGAAGAGCAACGAAAUCUUCCAGAGCUACAUGGAAGACGUGGAGACUAUUCUGGAGUGUCUGGAGCAAGCGGCCAUCCCCAUUAUACCCAAUUCAGUGCCACACGUGCGGAAUGUUGCAGCAGGUGUUGCAAUCUUAGUCAAAACUACGGGCAUGGUGGGUAAAGGAAUAGAUACCGCGGUGGACUGUGCUUCCGCCAUGAAGGUGCUGAAAAGCGACGAGAUGGUCUCAAGUGUGGCCAAGGUGGUGUCUCAGGAAGUCAAAGCUGCCCGAAACGUCCCUAACAUGGCCGCAGAUCUCACCGAUUUUGGGCAGUUGGCUAAGGGCACCCCACUUGCCCUUAGCAAAUCAGCCAGGGCAGGGUUCAUCGCCCUCAACUCCAUCUUUAUGGGCCUGGACCUCUUCUUCAUCUGCAAAGACAGCAUCAGCCUGGCCAAAGGGAGCAAGAACGAUGUGUCAAAGGUCAUCCGAGGGAGGGCCAGUCUGUGGAAAACUGAGCUGGAUGCAUGGGAGAGGAUCCAUCGCUCUCUAUGCAUAGGGAUAUGGAAGUUCAGGAAGAGUAUGGAGGUCCUGCAGAGGCCAUUUUACUCAUAGCUUAGAAAAACUUAUUGUCUUUACCAGCUGCAUAAUCACUCAGGAGCUCCUUUUAAAUCAGUACUCAAGACGCAUCUUUUAAGCCACGCUUACAAAACCUUUCUAAAUCCUGACAUGACAUAGCUCACUGCUGUAAUGAUAACUAUCCAGAAGAAAUUGUUUAUGUAUUUACUAGCUUUGCUCUGUAGUUAUUGUGAUGUAUCGAUUUGUUAUUUGUACUAAUAUUUGCUGUUUUAGAGCUUGGUUCAUUUGUUAAUGAUAUCUAAUUUGUUUUCACCUAAUUUGUUUUCUGAUUAUUCUGCAAAGUGAACGUGAAAUCAAAGAUAGCAGUCAGAUUUGUGUACACCUCCCUAAUACCACACAUCAAACAUGAUUUUAUCCCCCUUUACCUCAGAUUUGUAAUGCCCAGUUCUUCAUAUAAGACCUGUACCUUUGCUUGUGUUAGCUUGGGAUACCGCGGUAAACAUGAGAGAUGGAAGACUCACACAUGUAACCAGGCGCUGUUGCCGCCUUUUCUGCAUGGUCCACCGGCUGAGCUGCACAGCGACACAGUCGCAGCUGCCGUAGGCAAACUGGCCAAUAGGGAAGCACCCUGUGGGGCUGCUCCACC